GUGUCUGUAUUUUGCAAUGCCAGACUUUAGGUGCCAAGACUAGGAAGUAGCAGAGACAAUAUUAAGGAAUGCUGCAUUAUUUGUAGUUUCAGCACAACUCUUAAACAAUAAGAAAAAAAAAUUGUGGGGUAUCUGGUCGCAGAUGUUGGUGCUAACGUAUUCCUCAGCUGCGGAACUAAAGUCAUACUAGACGUUUCGGUGGGGCCAGAAUUCGUGGCCGCACUUCAUUGACUAGCUCGCAUCUCACAUGAAUGGAGUGAUGUUAGCUAUUAGCUAUCUCUACUUAGGAAUGGAAACUGGAUACUGAGAGCGGGAGCUAAGUAGCUGCUAGCCUCAAGCUACCAGUCAGGCUAGCGUUAACGCUGCCGUUUCUUAGCCUGCCGAGCUAGACAGCUCUGCUCCAGCAACAUAGACCAGAAACAGCAAAGAUGGUUGAAACGCUAUUUGAGCUUCCGGUCGAAAAACAGAUAUUUUAUGCUGUUUUGGGAUUUUCGUGGACAGUGUAUCUAUGGGAGGCAUACCUGUCCUACAGACAGAGGAGGAUAUACAGGUCAACAACACAUGUGCCACAGGAGUUAGGAAAGAUCAUGGACUCUGAAACAUUUGAGAAGUCACGUCUUUAUCAACUAGAUAAAAGCAACUUCAGCUUUUGGUCUGGACUCUAUUCUGAGACUGAAGGGACGCUGAUCCUGCUCUUGGGUGGAAUCCCGUUUCUGUGGGCCAUCGCUGGAACUCUGACAGCUCGCUUUGGAUUCAGUUCAGAGUAUGAGAUCACACAGUCUCUUGUGUUUCUGACACUUGCCACCCUGUUCAGUGCCUUAACUGGACUUCCCUGGAGUUUGUACAACACGUUUGUCAUUGAGGAGAAGCAUGGCUUUAAUCAGCAGACGUUUGGGUUCUUCCUCAAGGAUGCUAUAAAGAAGUUUGUUGUGACUCAGUGUAUCCUGCUGCCUGUGACCUCACUGCUCUUGUACAUCAUCAAGAUUGGUGGAGACUACUUUUUCAUUUAUGCCUGGCUCUUUACCCUGGCUGUUUCUCUGGUACUUGUAACCAUCUAUGCUGAUUACAUUGCUCCCCUGUUUGACAAGUUCACUCCAUUGCCAGAUGGAGAGCUAAAGACAGACAUUGAGGCUAUGGCCAAGAGUAUUAGCUUUCCCCUCACCAAGGUUUAUGUUGUAGAAGGUUCCAAGCGAUCAUCGCACAGCAAUGCAUACUUUUAUGGUUUCUUCAAGAAUAAGCGCAUUGUACUGUUUGAUACUCUGCUGGAGGACUACUCACCUCUCAACAAGACUGGAGAGCCACAGCCCGAGCAGCCAGAAAGUGACGAGACACCCAUUGAGUCAAAAGCCAAGCCAAAGAUCAAGAAGCAAGGAUGCAACAAUCCAGAGAUCCUUGCAGUGCUGGGUCAUGAGCUAGGCCACUGGAAGCUUGGCCAUACUGUCAAGAACAUUGUCAUCAGUCAGAUGAAUUCCUUCCUGUGCUUCUCCCUAUUUGCUGUUCUGAUUGGACGUAAAGAGCUGUUUGUGGCCUUUGGCUUCAAUGACAGCCAGCCCACAUUAAUAGGCUUGAUGAUUAUCUUCCAGUUCAUCUUCUCCCCAUACAAUGAGCUCCUGUCCUUCUGUCUGACAGUUCUGAGUCGCAGGUUUGAGUUUCAGGCAGAUGCUUUUGCACGCAGUAUGGGCAAAGCCUCUGAGCUCUACUCUGCCCUAAUCAAGCUCAACAAGGACAACCUAGGUUUCCCUGUGGCUGACUGGUUGUUCUCUAUGUGGCACUAUUCUCAUCCUCCUCUCCUGGAGCGCCUCAGAGCACUGGGCAACAUCAAGCAAGACUGAUGGAGCUGGAAGGGGGAGCAGUAACUGCUGUCUCCUCAGUGGGGCCUACGCAGACUACUCCUGACCCUGUGAUGUACCCUGGUCUUUUUCUAUCUGCCCCCCCUUUUCUUUUAUCUUGUUUUAGACUUUUCUUCACUUGCCAUACUGUUCAUUUUGUUCCCUUUGAAACUUUGUUGUAAAUAAAACCAAAACAUAUCAGUACAAGGCAGCCUAAAUAGUAGUAAGCCUAAACUGAAGGCUCUGCUUUUUUUUUUUUUUUAAGAGACACCUAAUAUGCACUUGUGUGAGCAAUACAUCUGGGAAAUGUGUGUUCUUAAAAACAGCCAUUGUCAGAGCACAGGUCACAUUUUGCAUAUUGACUUAGUUUUUGAAACUAUAAUUUUUUAUUCUAAAGGGGAAGAGCAACAAAAACAGUUUGUCAUUUAAAAAAAAGACUGUAAUUACUUAGUUGCAGAACCAUGUGGUCCUAUUCAGGUAUGGACAUGGCAUCCAACGGUUAACAAAAUAAGAACGAUUUUUAAAAGACAGCAGGCAUAAAUACGGUCUUGGUAGGUGGGCAGACUUCAUACCAACUCAUGACGAUGCUUUUUGUAGCUACACACGCCAGAGUUUGAUUUGUCCUUACAGCUGUUGCCUUUUUUUUUUUUUUUUUUUUUUUUUUUUUUUUUUUUUUUUUAAACAAUAUUCCAUGUGAAACUAGGCAUAAACUGAAAUUCCCGGUUUUGUAAGAGGAACAACGUAGAUGCUUUACUACAGUGAAAAAAGUGAGUGCCUCAAUUGAUCAGUUUUUGUUCACAUAAUGGGUAUUUUAUGAAGUGGGCAGUGCAGAAAGCUUAAUUUGAAUUUAGUUUACACUUGUGAUUUUCAUUUUUUACAUUCAUUGGAGGGGGGAGGGGUCUUGUUUUACUUUUCUUAAACCACUUGCUUGCAGACCAGGGUCCAGCCAUACCUGUACAUGUGUAACUUUGAGUAAAGUAAUGAUGUAUGAAGUGAAUUGUUAAAAAUGUUGAAUGUGGUUUGAAAUGUUAAGUUGAUCUGUUGUUGCUUAGUUUCUUCUAAUGGAAUUUGGUCAGAGUGAGCCCAGAGUUGCCUGACAAGGAAAGUAUUUAUAGGGCACUUGGGGAUGGCAUCUGCAAGGUUCCUUUCUCCAAAUAAGUUGGUGUUUGGUCUGUUUAAGGAGGAGAUUGUAUACUUUCUUUGCAGCAUUAAAUAAAAUCCUUCAAAUCA